CCCAGGUUGGUUUGAAUAUUAGCAGUCGGCAAAAAUAUCGCGAGAGAGAAAAGAGAGUAUUCUUCUCCGUGUUGGUCACCUUCCUCGUCUCGAAGUCAUUAUUAAACAACUUUCUAAAAGCCCAAAAAAAAAAAAGAAGUUAUUUUCUCCUCCUAUCCACCAUUAACGCACACCUUGCCCUGUCCUCACGAUUUACAGGGGGAGGUCUCAAAUUCAAAGAUCGUUGGCUCACGCAAAAAUCCUGCUCCCAAUUUCUAGGAGCAGCUGCAUAUAGAUUACACGCACAUACACACAAUACACAGCCGCUGAACAAGCUUUGUGUGGAAUUUUGUUUUAGGAAAUUUUCAGGCAAUGGAUGCUCUGUGUUUCAAGGCAGGGAUCCACGGCGUGCUGGCCGCCGCCGCCGCCGGAAAUGGGGAGGUCCGAUUGAGCGACAGGUCGUCGGUUUCUGCGGCGCCGCAGAGGAAUUCGCCGUGGGGGUUCACUUUCCGGCACCCGCUCAGAUCCCUGUGGUCUGGGGGCAAAAAUCGGUACGAGCCGGCAAUCGCAGUGGACGACGCCGUUUUGGUGGAGGAGAAGGAGGUUGUGAGAGAGGGCGAUGAUGAGUCAGGGCGUGGUGGGAGCUGGGUGUCGAAGAUUCUUCACGUGAGGUCUCUCUGGAAGGAGGAAGGGAGGGUUGGUAAUUGUGUGGAGAAAAUGGGGGCAAAAUGGGAAGAGGGGAUUGAGAAUGGCGGUGGAGAGGACGAUGAAGGAUGUGAUCUGUGCACGGUUGAUUAUGAGGACGAUGGUGAUGAUGAAGAAAGGAUUGAAUUCGAUCGAGAAUCGUUCUCGAAGCUUCUGCGAAAGGUGCCGUUGGGUGAAGCUAGAUUAUAUGCCCAAAUGUCUUAUUUGGGAAGCUUGGCUUAUUCCAUCCCCCAAAUCAAGCCGAAGAACCUGCUAAGGUCUCGUGGACUAAAUUUCGUGACUUCAUCCUUGGAGAAAAGGGAACAGUCAUCGAAAUCGGAGAAGGAUAAGGCACCAGCCGAAGAGGGACAAAGUGAAAUCGAGCCAGAAGCAGAAGCCGAAGAUGAAGAUGCCAAAAGUAGCCAAACGGAGCCUAACGGAUACCGGAUAAGUACAUCAGCUGCCUAUCAAAUUGCAGCUUCAGCUGCUUCCUAUUUACACGCUCACACAAAAAGUAUCCUUCGCUUUAAAUCCUCCACCAACUCGACCCCAGAUGAAAAUCUACCUGAAAAAGUCAAUGCGGAUAUAUUAGGCUGUGUUGACAUGAUGAAUCAAGAUGUGGCCUCAUUGAUGGCUACUACAGACUCGGUGACGGCAGUUGUUGCUGCUAAAGAGGAAGUGAAGCAGGCCGUUGCGGAUGAUCUGAACUCGACUCGUUCUUCGCCUUGUGAGUGGUUCAUCUGUGAUGAUGAUCAGAGUGCCACGAGAUUCUUUGUCAUACAGGGAUCCGAGUCGCUAGCUUCAUGGCAGGCCAAUCUUUUGUUCGAGCCCAUUCAGUUUGAGGGGCUGGAUGUUCUGGUGCACAGAGGUAUAUACGAGGCAGCAAAAGGGAUAUAUGAGCAGAUGCUGCCUGAAAUACACGCACACCUUAAAUCCCACGGCCCUCGAGCCGCAUUGCGUUUCACGGGGCACUCUCUUGGCGGGAGUUUAUCGUUGCUUGUAAAUCUCAUGCUUCUCAUAAGAGGCGAAGCUCCACGUUCGUCUUUGCUCCCCGUGAUAACUUUCGGUGCACCCUCGAUUAUGUGCGGUGGGGAUCGACUGCUGCACAAGCUGGGUUUGCCUCGCAAUCAUGUCCAAUCGAUUACGAUGCACAGGGACAUUGUUCCCCGAGCUUUCUCAUGCCAAUACCCUAACCAUGUGGCCAAGUUUCUCAAAGCUGUUAAUGGGAACUUCCGCGGCCUACCGUGUCUUAAUAAACAGAAGCUGUUAUAUGCCCCAAUGGGGGAGUUACUAAUCCUCCAACCGGACAAAAAGUUUUCUCCGAGCCACGAUCUUCUUCCUUCGGGCAGCGGUCUCUAUCUGCUGACCUGUCAAGAAUCGAACAUCACUGAGGCCGAAAAGCAAAUCCGAUCUGCCCAGACCAUAUUUUUGAACUCGCCACAUCCUCUUGAAAUACUGAGUGACCGAUCAGCUUACGGGUCAGGAGGCAGCAUUCAGAGGGACCAUGACAUGAAUUCCUAUCUUAAAUCUGUAAGGAAUAUAAUCCGCCAGGAACUGGGCCGGGCCCGGAAAGCCCAAAGAGAGAGGCGCCGCAAGGCCUGGUGGCCUCUGGUGGGCCCGCGUGGGGUCAGUGCGGGUAUUGUCUUUAGCAGGCCCAUUGUGUCGGGCAGCAGCGUGCGCCAAGGCCCGAUAAACUUCUCUGGCAUUAUGCACAAUGGUCGCAAGUCACUGAGGCGGUUUAGUCGGUUAGUUGCGUCGCAGAACAUGCAUUUGCUUGUGAUGCUUUUGGUCCCUGCUAAGUUUUUGCUCAUAGUGGGGAAGUCUAGUUUGGGCUUAUACCUGUUAAACGAAAUGAGCCACUCGGCUCGGUUUGGCUCGAUAAGACUCAGCUUUCUUGGGUUGAUUAAGGCAACAGAUAAUCAAAAUUUGGUUGAUGGCGACAUGGCUUGGUUCGGCCUUGCAGUCAUCGCCGGUGAUUUGACGGAGAGCAAGCAAGUUGUUGCAUAUGACGACCCUUCAAAGACCUUUUUUGGAGUUCGCUUUGUUCUUCUGGGAUUCGACCCUGUCAAAAGAGAUAAGGUCCGGUGGAAGCUCUUAGAAGGUGGAGGAAUUGAUGCUGUGAGCUAUGGUCCGGAUUGUACUCACGUGAUUGUUGAUAAGCUUACUUAUGAUGACCCAAUGUGCAUUGCUGCAAGAAGAGAUGGCAAGGCAGUUGUGAAUGCCUUGUGGGUUGACCAUAGUUUUGAUGUGGGAAUGCCUGUUGAUCCCUCAUCGGUAAUGUACAGGCCUAUGAGAGAUUUGAAUGGGAUUACAGGUGCAAAAUCUUUGGUUGUGUGCUUGACUGGAUAUCAACGGCAGGACCGUGAUGAUAUAAUGAACAUGGUUGCCUUAAUGGGUGCAAUUUUUUCGAAGCCAUUGGUGGCAAACAAAGUUACUCAUCUGAUAUGCUACAAGUUUGAGGGUGAGAAGUAUGAGCUGGCCAAGAAAUUGAAGAAGAUAAAGCUAGUUAACCAUCGUUGGUUAGAAGAUUGUUUGAAGGCUUGGGAGCUUCUUCCAGAAUCUGAUUAUGAUAAAAGUGGAUACGAGUUAGAGAUGAUGGCUGAAGCUAAGGAUUCAGAAGAGGAGACUGAAGACAUGGCUACUGCAAUAGAUUUUGGAAGGAAAAACGUUGUGGGUCCUCAAGAUACACCAGCUGAGAACAGAAAUUUUCACCACUCACUAGUGAAGCCUGAAACUUCACAUAAUAGUUUACAAGGUCAAAGUGCAUGUACAGUUCUUGAAAAUGCUGGGACCAUCAGCAAUAAGAUUCAUUCAAGUCCCGGACAAGGCAUUCAUGAUGAGCAUCUCAAACUGCUGAGCCCUGGAAAAAUUUCCCCUCGAGUGCUGUCAAACACGCUCCACUACACAAGCAUUUCUGAUAAGGUUGAUGAUGUCUUAGCUUCAGCUCCAGCAACUGAAAUGGAUAAGAAGUCACCUGAUGUUGACAUGUCCAAAUUAAGCUGCAAGAGCAAUUGCAGAAGUACUCCCAGUAAACACAGUUCCUCAGUAAGAUUGGAAAGAAUUCAACAAAGAAGUCCUCGAAAUGCAAAUAAUUUUGGUGGCAGUGAUGGUUUUCACGUUGAUUAUGGUGUAGAGACGCCUCCAAAAGAACCUUUACCAUCCCAUGAAGAGUUCCAAACUGCAAAGACGCCGAAUAGGAGCAGAAAAACUUUUUCCGGAGGUGGUUCUAAAUCGCCAUCUCUGAAUCUCUGCAUUGAUCGUGAAGUAAGAACACCUUUAAUGGGAACCCAUGAUGCAAGCCAAUCUGCAAAAUCGCCCGAUAAGAGGGAAAACUCAACAUCUCUGAAUCUCUGCAUUGAUCGUGAAGUAAAAACACCUUUAAUGGGAACCCGUGAUGCAAGUCAAUCUGCAAAAUCACCGGAUAAGAGAGAAAACUCACCAUCUCUGAAUCUCUGCAUUGAUCGUGAAGUAAAUACACCUUUAAUGGGAAGCCGUGAUGCAAGCCAAACAGCAAAAUCACCCGAUAAGAGGGAAAAAUCAGUCUUGAAAUCACCCAUUUUGAGCCGUGAUUCGAAGAUAGCAAUUGGAAAUGAGCUGACUACAAAAUCCCUUGAUCAUUUAAGUGGGUUAGCUAGUGAUAUUCCACAAAAAGCUGUUGCCGGCCGUUUUUCGAGAAUGGAAGCUUCUUCGGCUACAGAAUCUCUUAAUAUUUCCCUCAUAGGUCAGAAAAAGCAGAUCAUGCCUAGUUCCGAUGUGAAGGACCUUUCUUCAAUUUAUUGUGAUGUACAGGAUAUUGAACCUCCAGUAGUGAAACCCAACUCAGGAAUUGAAACAACGGAUGGCCAGGAUGAUCUGAAUGGUACACUUGAAGGAAAUACGGUGCCACAGACAAAAGUAGUUAAAAGAAAAUUGCUAGCCAAGAAGACAUUAGGCUCCAGACGAAAUAUUGGAAAAGGGAGUAGCUCAAAGCUUAAAGGGACACUUAACCUUCAGAAAGCUAUUUUGAAUAAUGAAUCUGUUGGUCGUUCGAAUGGAGCUAUACCGAUGGAAGUCACGGAUGAUGCUACUGUGGAUGAUGAAACUAAAACUGAAAGUGAAGAAGUUGAGGUACCACAUUUCAGGAAAGAUGACAUCAACUCAGAAAAGGAAGCUUGUAGCAAAAUCCCACUGAUAAAGGAAAAUGGUACUGGAGCUGAAGAGACUGUUAUCAGAAAGGAAACUGAAUUGCCUCAAGUGAAAGAUAAAAGUGAAGGUAGAGAGAUAAAAAUAUCCAAGGGCAAGAAACGUCCUUUGGUUAACUCUAAGACGAGUAAGUCGAAGGAUUCUGGCGAGGGAGAAAAAAAGGAUAAGAAGGAAGAGAAGAAGAGUGGUCCAGCAAGUGAAGAAACUGUUUCAUUAGCUGGUAAAACCAAAAAAAGGCCAUCCAAGAAGUUAAAAAGCUCAGGUAAUAGUGAGAAGGAAAAUGAUCCUGCUGCAAUCAAGCAGCAGAGUGGAAGUGAAAAGCUUCCGGAAAAUGAUUUCACAACUGUGAAGAGUUGUGUGACUGGGGAGAAAGGUACAGAUAAACUUGAGCUAAAAGCUGAACCUGCAUGGUUUAUACUGAGUGGGCAUAGGCUACAAAGAAAGGAUUUUCAGCAGUUAAUAAAACGAUUGAAAGGAAGAGUUUGCAGAGAUUCUCAUAAUUGGUCAUACCAAGCAACACAUUUCGUUGUCCCAGAUCCUGUGAAAAGAACUGAAAAGUUUUUUGCAGCUGCAGCUUCUGGAAGAUGGAUUCUGAAGACUGAUUACUUAACAGCUUGCAAUGAGGCUGGAAGAUUUUUACCAGAAGAGCCAUACGAAUGGCACAAGAAAUGCUUGACCGAAGAUGGUGCAAUCAACUUAGAGGCACCAAGAAAAUGGCGUCUCUUGAAGGAGAAAACAGGACAUGGCGCAUUUUACGGAAUGCGAAUAGUCAUAUAUGGAGAAUGUAUUGCCCCUCCUCUGGAGACUUUGAAACGCGUCAUCAAGGCUGGGGACGGUACCAUUUUAGCAACCUCACCCCCUUAUACUCGCUUUCUCCAAACCGGAAUCGAUUUCGCCAUUGUCAGCCCGGGAAUGCCACGUGUCGACAUGUGGGUUCAGGAGUUUCUAAACCGUGAGGUGCCAUGUGUCGUAGCUGAUUAUUUGGUCGAGUACGUGUGCAAGCCCGGGUACCCACUCGAGAAGCACGUGCAGUACAACACGCAUUCGUGGGCCAAAAAAUCGCUCGAGAAUCUGACGAGGAGAUUGGAGGCAGUCGUUGAGGAUGAAGUGAAAACGCCUCCGAAUCAUUGCAUUGAUGAUGUGGCGUGCAGGGAGUGUGGGUCCCGCGAUCGAGGGGAAGAGAUGCUUAUAUGUGGCGAUGAGAGUGGAAGUUUAGGGUGUGGUGUUGGUGUUCAUUUGGACUGCCUCGAUCCUCCGCUUUGCAGUGUACCGGAAAAAGACUGGUUCUGUACUGAAUGUGCACCUAAGACUAAGAGAGGGAGCUCUAGGAAUAAGGCUUGUAAAUCUAAAAAGUGAUUUAAUUAUUUACCUU